AUGGUGAAGACAUGCAUUGGACGACCUAAAAGCAAACUGAAGAAGAAGACGAAGCCAAAGAAGGUUUGCGAUCCUCCACUGGAAGUGGUCGAUCGGGUUUGCGAAGAACCCGAACCAGUCCCACCGGAAGAGGAAGAAAGAGUUGAGGAAGAAGAAGCAAUAGUCGAUGAAAUUGGUCAUGGAGUUUCUCGAAAUGGAGAGGAAGAAUAA